UUUUGAAGAGUGUAUUAUCAUAAGCGAGGUAACUCUCACAGAGAAGUAUGGUUCGUGGUUAAAAAUACCAAAUGCACUCACAACAUUGUGGGUUUCAGGUUUAACAAGAUCUGCAUGACCCCACAGAUCUACUUCAUUAUAAAAUAAUAUUACAACAAUGUAGAUAUUACUUUGAAAAGAUGAAUUACGAAAAACUAUUUAUAACUUUAACACUGUAGAUAUAUCAAUGUCAACAGUAUCAUGUAUACCUCUAUGAUUGUGUCACCUAAAUACCACCCCAUGUUCCUUGAAAACAAAUAUUUCAGGAAAUCAUUGUUGUGAAAACACAUCACUAGUUUUUCUUUCAUAAUAUAUUUGUUUUCUACUUUUCUAUUGGAUAAAUGUUGAAACUUAAUUUUGCCAUAUUCUUAUUCCUUAUUCUGAAGGUACCACAUGCAAAUUAUAUUUUUUUUAUCUUCUAUCUGACACCAAUAGGUAGUAAAGGUUGUUUUGUACAACGGCACCCAGGGCAGUUGGCGACUCAGACGGAGCCUCUUGGUCAAAGUUCAUGUCCUCAUCACCAAGGUCAAGGAUAUCCUUGUCUGGAACAUUGGUAGCCCUGGGAGAAUUUAUAAAUUUGAUUUUGUUAAUUAUGAAUGUUUACAUUUCGAUAUAAUUGGCAUAGGUGUAAAUCAGAGAUAUCCAUUUCCUAUGUUAUUACAACAAUAACAUGUCAUAUAAGUCUCGUUAGUACUAAUGGUUGAUCCAACAUCUACCAUUAGGAAAAUAAGACAUUAUGUCUCAUGCGUUCUAAAUGGUCAUUCUCUGGAAUAUCUACUGGAAAGCGUCCAACACACCCAAAUUUUAAAUCCAGAUAGCAUCAAGGAUAAAUAAAUCAAUAAGAACCAAUUAACAGAACAUACCACAUCUCAUCCAUGUUUACACCUUGACAUAGGCUAUUGUAACUGCCUUUGAAUUGUUUUAUAUGGUUUGGUUUUGCUUUUGUUUUCUAAACUAAUUCUCAUCUCUGAAUGUUUCAGCAUGGCUGACUGGGAGGUAUUCACUCAAUCUUUAUACUCAGGAGUCCCCCAUGUUGGUGGGUCAUUACCCUCAUACGGUAACAACCGGUCAACAUGAACAACCCUGGAGGAACUAUUUGGACCAUUUUGAAUACGAUAUGUGAUGUCAUCAAUUUGCUUAGUGACAACCCAACCUUGACACCACUCCGAAAUGAAUUUGUAGCCUUUGUGGGGGUUAAACAACCAUACUGGCUGUCCGACCUUUAGUCGUGAUUCCUUGCUCCCCAGGUCAUAUCAUUUUUUAUGCACUUCAGAAGAAUGUCUGAGAUUUCUCCGAGCAGACUCAAAAGCAUGUUCAAAAUGUUGUUUGACCUCGCUGACAUAGUCAUCUCUUGUCAAAGGAUUCUCGUUAGGAUUUCCUGUGACCAGGUGGUAAGGCAUUCCCACUUGCCUACCGAGCACCAACCGGUUUGGUGUAUAACCUGUCGGCUCAUGCUUUGAGCUUCGAUUAGCAGCCAUUACAAAAGAGAGAUGUUUGUCCCAGGACCUUGGUCUCCCUUCAGUAUAAAUGCUAAGCAUGACUGCUAAUGUUCGGUUAAACCCCUCGACCUGGCCAUUUGCCUGUUCUACCCGAACUAUCACCACAUGCAUUAGUGUCUGUCUCGCCAGAUGGUACAAUUAUUGCACCUGGCAUCUUUGUCUCAUAAGUCUGUCCUGACACCAUACCACUCUUGGUCGAAAGUUUGUCACCUUCAACAAUGUCUGUAGCGAUUCUACCUCGAAGUUGAUCAAAAUGGCUACGACAACUCCUGUCGCCAACAUCAACUUCAUAAUGUCUCUCUCCAUAUUUUGUCAAAACUUGCCCGGGUACCCAUUUGUCAUGUGCACGAUAAUCAUGCCCCCAUACCUCCUGGUUUACUUGCAGUUGUCUAGUCUCAGCUGGAUCACUCAUUUGACCUGCCAACUUAGAUGACAUAGCAGACUGAAUGUCUUGUUUCAGCAAGUCUAACUUUGUCCUUAAUUCUCGACCCAGAAACAACUUUGCUUGAGUUUCACGGGUAGUGCAAUGAGGAGUCGACCUGUAAGCCAGCAGAAACUGAUCAACCUUUGUCAAUACAGAUCCACCGUCUUCCUUAGCUGCCUUCAUGGCCUGUUUGAAUGACUGGACUGCCCUCUCAGCUUGUCCAUUAGUAGCCGGAUGAUAUGGAGCUGACAAAAUAUGUUUGACACCAUUGCAUUUCAAAAAUGCUUCGAACUCUUCUGACACAAAUUGCGGUCCAUUAUCUGUAACCACUUGAUGUGGCAAACCGAACUGUGCACACAGCUUUCGUACUUCCUUCACUGUAGCACUAGAUGUUGUAGAAUUCAUUUACUACAAUUUCUGGCCAUUUUGAGAAUGCAUCUACAAUUAACAGAAACAUGUGACCCAUAAAUGGCCCUGCAAAGUCAAGAUGAAUGCGGGUCCAUGGACAUGACGGCGGAGCCCAUGGGUGUACAGGGGCUAACUGUGGAUUGUUGUGGGUGUUCUGGUAUGUUGAACAUGUCUUGGCAAUUCCCUCUAUUUCACCAUCUAUCCCAGGCCACCAAAUGUAACUUCUUGCUACAGAUUUCAUUUUCACAACUCCAAAAUGUCCUGUGUGUAAUUCUUGCAACACAGUCUGUCUCAGUUUAGAGGGAAUUACUACUCUCAUUCCCCACAUCACACAGCCCAUAUGUACAGUGAGUUCAAACCUUCGACUGUGAUAUGCUUUCAUCAUGAAAUCUUCCCCAUGCUCUCAUGUCCAUCCAUUCAUCACCGCUGUGUACACUUGAGACAGUAGAGGAUCACGUCUUGUUUUGUUUCUAACAUCAGCAGUAGUAACUGGUAGUUGCUCAAACUGUCAGUUGUAAAACAUCUCCACGUCAUCUAGUGAUUCUUUCUGCACCCUGGUAACAUUGACAAGUGGAAGUCUGGAUAACACAUCAGCAUUUGCAUGCUUCUCUGAUGCCUUAUACUCAAUCUCAUAAUCAUAUGCACUAAGGAAGAGUGCCCAUCUCAGCAUCCGAGCAGCCGCAAUUGUAGGCACCGGUCUUCCAGCUCCAAACAAAACAGUCAGUGGGCGAUGAUCUGUGAUUAAUGUGAAAUGUCUGCCAUAAAUGUACUGGUGAAACCGUUUUACACCAAAAAUAAUCCCCAAAGCUUCUUUGUCUAUUUGAGAAUAUCCACUCUCAGCUUUCUUCAGUGUGCGGGAAGCAAAUGCAAUGGGCCUUUCCAAACCAUCCCUUGUAACAUGUGAUAGUACUGCCCCAACACCAUAUGACGAAGCAUCACAUGCAAGGCGUAUGGGUAGUGAAGGAUCGUAAUGACAUACCACAUCCGAGCUGGCAAUCAUGCACUUGCAUUUCUUGAAAGCUUCUUGACAAUGGGAAGACCAUGCCCACUUCUUAUCUUUCCUCAGUAAGUCAUUUAGUGGAUGUAGUACCGUAGAUAAAUGCUCCAAAAAACGCCCAUAAUAGUUCACAUCACCCAAAAAUGAACGUAGUUGCGAUAUAUUCUCUGGUGCUGGAGCAUCAGUUAAGGCCUGUACUUUAUCCUUAGCCGUUUGAAGUCCUUCACUAUCGAUCACAUGACCAAGAUACUUGACUGAAUCGACAAAAAACUUGCACUUUCCCCUCUUCACUCUCAAACCAUAUUCAUGCAACCUUUUCAACACUGCCUCUAGAUUUCUGAAAUGUUCUUUAUCACUUGAUCCGGUCACUAAAAUGUCACCUUGAUGACACACUACUUUGUCCAAGCCUUGCAAUAUCUGGUCCAUUGUGGUCUGAAAUAUGGCUGGUGCAGAGGCGAUGCCAAAAGCAAGACAGGUAUACCUGUAAAGUCCCUUUGGUGUGUUAAUUGUCAAAUAUUUCUGACAAUCUAAAUCAACUUCCAUCUGUUGAUAUGCAUGUGCUAAGUCUAUUUUGGAAAAUGUUCUUCCACCAGCCAGAGUAGCAAAAAAUCUUCCAUUUGUGCAAUGGGUACUUGUUAACAUUCAACACUGGGUUCGGGUGUAGACUUGAAGUCCCCACAAAUUCUCACUGAUAGAUCCCCUUUGAUAACAGGUACAAUCGGAGUUGCCCACUCACUGUGAUCCACUUUAAACAAUACCCCAUUCUUCUCCAUUCCUGUAAUCUCUUCCUUCACCCUGUCCUGUAAAGCAUAAGGUACAGGCCUUGCUUUCAUGUCUUUGACAGACAGGUGAGCUUUAAUACCUUUUAUUCUAACAAUUUCUUCUGAGAAAACAUCUCAGUACUUCACAAGUAUCUCUUCCAACUUUUCCUGACUUGAAUAUUCGCUACACAUGUGAAUGUCAUCACCUAGCUUUUUCAAUCAAUGUCCACAUAUGGUAGCCAUGCUCUACCUAGCAGAGGGGGCACUUCCCCUUUUACAACAUGCAAAUCCAACUUGUUCACGUCAUUUCCAUUUGCAACAUCAACUUUCAGUAUGCCAAAGUUUGUAACACGCUCACCUGUGUAAGUUCUCAUAGGUACUGUGGCCUCGACCUAGUGACAUCCGUUAAAACGAUCCUUGUACACUUCUUCAGUAAUGAUGGAAUUUCGCGAACCAGUAUCCAGUUCCAUUUUUAGGUCAGUACCGUUUAUGUUGACUGUGACCCACAUAACCCCAGAACUUCCGGGCAUGGCAAACAUCUGAUUCAAACACUCUGAUAGAUCAUCGACAAUGAAAUCAUUAUCAUUGUCAGUUAUGUCAAUGGCAUUUACGCGAGAAUUUGGUUUCUUACUGCCAUUGUUUACAUUUACAUUUCCAGUUGACCUUGAACUUGAUCCUGGGUCACGACCCGAAAUCUUCAUCCGACAAACUGCCUGCAGAUGGCCUCAUUUGCCACAGAACGAACACACUGUAUCCUUAAAUCUGCAAUUGUUCGCAAGGUGAAAUGAGUUACCGCAACGAUAACAGAACUUAGUAUUUCCAGUCCUAGGUUUGCUGUUGAACGAAAACACUUCGGUGGAUCCGUGUCUCUUGUCGCCGCCUCGGCUAAGCUCAUCACAGACCUUGGCCGCUUAUUCCAUCGAAUUUGCAAUUGCCAAUGCCUGGUCAACAGUCAGGUCAUUUUUUUGCUAACAAUUUCCUUUGAAUCGGAAUAGUUCUCAAACCAAGCACAAGUUGGUCCCGCAGCCUGUCAUUUAAUGUAACGCCAAACUCACAGUUUCGCGAAAGUCCCUUCAAUGCAACCAAAUAUUGCGCAACAUUUUCACUUUCACUUUGCAUCCGUUUGUGAAAUCUGUAUCUUUCUGCAAUGAAUAGUGGUCUGGGCAUGUAGUGAUUCUGUAGACGUGUCACUAAGUAAUCCAAUCUGUGGUCUUGCGGUCUCGCAGGCAAAAGUAAAGCUUUUAGCACUCCAUAUGUUCUGCUGCGAGCAUGGAAAGAAAUCCGGGCACUCGUCGUUCGUUCAGAAUUUCAUUUGCGUCAAAAGAACAGAAAUAUUCUUUCUGCAUACGACGACCAAUCUUCCUUAUUUUCGUCAAAUUGUCCAACUUCACCGAUGACGCCCGCCAUUGUGAUGAUCAUGAGCAGUCCCACUAUCAUUUGCCAAAAAAACCGCACUGCUGAAUAAAAAUGUGUAUCAGCAAAGGCCAAUUGUAAAAUUCAUCCUUGCACGUAAUAUUUCCGUAGUUUGAAGUUUUUAUCCUCGUCGCCACUGUAAUAUAUUUGUAAAACUGCACAUCAUGCUCAGGUACUUGUACGACCCGCACCUAGGCUGGGAGGAACAUCAAGCAACAAGACGUCUGAACUGAACAAUGAUUUAUUCCUAACUAACUGCAGGUACAUAGUCAUGACGUCACUCCCAAUGCUGGGGCAUGUGACUUAUGACGUGGUAGUGCGUGCACAUUGGCACUCACCAUAUGUAAACAAACAUAACACAACAACACUGACACUGACCAAUAAUUCUUCCCUUAGCUAAAGUGUAUUUGGUAUCAAGAACAUUGAUAACCUUAACUGUAGCUGCCUAAUUACAAUUGGUGACUACUGAAUUGCCAAUGAUUAUACCAUGUGUGAAUAAAAUCUCCCUGCAGGGUUCUAUCAGGAUCGAAGACCGUUCCCAAUAACGUUUAGGCAAGCUCACUUGGAUAAAAGAUACAGAAAGGGGCGGCAAAGAGAGAUCAUCUGCAACGAUGACAGUGGUUUCAGCCCAACAGUUGGUAACCACCUGCCCAUCAACCAGAUCCUGACCCAGGGAUGUUGAUCAGACCCUCCAGUCCAUCCAGUACAUCUAUACCCAGAAUGCCGUAAGUCGGCAAUUUUCUCACUGGACUUACGGCUUCGCCUCAUCAGCUCUUCAUGUUUAACAUCUGGAAUACUGUUCCAUACCGCCUGUGCAGAGUGUCUGAAAGUCACUGGUAAUCCAGUCACUCCUGCUCAGGAAGGCCUGCAUAAAACUGCUGGGCUACACCCUCCAUAGCACAUCCCAACAUUUGGGCUGCCUGGGUAUUAUCCCAGCAUGACUGUGCAGCCAGAUUCUUAAACUGUGCUUCGAAAGCACGAUAAUCUCCUUGGCCAUUAAAUUUAGGUAAUUCGAGAGAUAUUCUUUCAAUUGAAUGAUCUCCCCUUGGGGGGUAUCUGUCCAGAGUGUGCAAGACCCAGCACACUACUGGACAAUUGUGACACUAGACCAAUUAGAUUUUUGUCUGAACUCACCAUUGGUGGUGGAGCAAGUACUGGGUACGCGGUCUGACCAGUGUAUGGGUAAUUAUAACUAGUCUGUGAAAACUGAUUCUCAGGGUACACACUAGGAACAUUUGGCAAACAAUCUUCACUGUGUGACCUGGAUGACAAGUAUUCACUGACCCUAGGGUCAGAAUAUUCUGGUUGUCUCGUUACCUGCAGAUCAUCUUGAACUCUACCUACAGAAAUAACAGCAGGUGAAUUUUCUGGACUCACAGCAUUGAGUUGCUCAGACAGUUCAUGUCUGGAUGGUUGAGCAAAGUCAACAUCUGGAAACCGAGUGCUAGUUUUUUCACCAGAACUUAGCUCCGAAAUAUUGGACACAUGGCUAGAGUGUAAAUUUCCAGCCCGACCAUUAACAUGAUCCACUCUCCUUGACAGGGACUUGAUAGAUAAUUAUUUUCCAUUUAAUUUUUCCAUAUAAUUUUUUGUCACAAAACAUUUAUCUUAUGGAAUCUUAUCAAUUUGGAAUAUUUGUGAAAUAUUAUUCUUACUUUAUUUAUAUAUGAGAUCAACAACGGAUCCCAUUGCUGCCACCAUAAAACUGUAAUGGUUCAGGGGGUGGUUAUUGGGGUAGAGCUUUGGGUAGCAAAUGGUGGAUCACUCCCAAUACCACCAACCACACAGUUUUAAUUAUUUAACUUAUUGUGGUUGACUGGGGGUUAUUAUGGGUAUGGUAUAUAUAAAUAUAUAAAUUUAAGAACGUAGUGGGAGGGUUAGUUUAAGAGGGAGUUGAACGGCUGACGUAGUACCUAUCUUUGUAGUCCUUGUGUAGAAGCUUAUGCCCACACGGGCGUAAUGGCUAGGAAGACGUUACGAUGCCACGUUUCUUGCAACCUCGGCUCGGCCAUGAUUGGGAGAGCCGAGAUGUAAGGAGCGUGUUCUCCUGGUCACAUGGUCCUCGUGUUGGCUUUAUAAGCCUACCCUGUGUAGGGAAUCGUCAGUCGUCACUAACCAGUAUCUGGUAAGGAACGGUCGACUCCCGCAUCCUGAACCAGGAUCAUUUAUUAUUUAUUAUAGGGCUUUCGUUGAGAUGUUAGAUUAACAGGUAUGGGUAGGGGAAAAGUAGAGUAUGUAAUGAAUAGGUUUGUUUUAUAGACGUUUUACUUUUGGGAGUUAAGUUAGAGGGGUAGUUAAGAGUACAAGUUUAAGUCAUAAUGUUGAAUAGGUUUUCGUAGGUAGGGAAGGGGGAAAAUUACGUAGGUAAUAGAUAAGAGAAGGAUUUUGCCCCUGUUGUUUUUUUUCCUGUUAAAUAAACUUUAAAUUCAACGUCAUUCUUUGUGUUUUGUUUAUAAUUAGAACUGGUAAGCCGAUCAGGAGCCUCCUAGAACGUAUAGACAAAAGAAUACUGCACAGGGAGAAAAGAACACAAUGCAAAACACAGCAGUACCUUUUGUCAACUAUCUCUAUAAGUCUACUGUCACUGGGCACCUUUUACAGGCUUUAGAGGGCGCCCAUUACAGAUUUGGUGCCGAGACCAGGAUUGGGUUAUAUUUUUCAAUUUCUAGUUAUAGUCAGCUUCUGAAAACUAAAUUAAAAUUCAAGUGAAAAUAUGACUGAAGGUUCAGGUUAAAAUUGGUCAGUUUUGUCUGAGACUGAUGAUGAUCAUUUUCUUGGUAGUGCCGGUGUUAAUCCACAGGAACCACUUAUCGAUAUGACAAGUGAGUUACCACCACCUCGGCAAAAUAUGUAUCCUACAUCUACACUGUACACACCUCUACCUGUUGUAGGAGAUGCUGUCGGUUUAAGAAGUGGACAGGCUGGCAGGGAUACAUAUUUGGGGUCAGGCUAUAAUGCACCUGCACAUCGGAACGCUGAUUAUCGGUGGUUGGGUCACUCUUUACCAGACGUUCAUUUCAGUACACCAGAAAUACCACAGGAUAGGUCAAGGGUUGAUUUUCAGAGUCCCAGAGGAUUUGAUAGUGUAAGGCCAUUAAAUACAGCAGGCACUGUUUUGUCAGAAUUUGAGAAGACUAGGGUUUCUCAUCGGGAAGUUAGACCUGACAAAUUUGACGGGACGUCAUGUGAUUGUCAAGAUUAUAUUGUUCAUUUUGAACAAGUUGCUUCAUGGAAUGGGUGGACCGAGUAUGAAAAGGCUCAACAACUUAGUAUGUUUUUGAGAGGCGCAGCACAAAAACUUCUGAGUAAUCUUACGUUAGGACAACUCAAUAGUUAUCAGGCAGUCAAAAGUGCAUUGAGUAAGAGUUUCUACCCAGUAGAACAUAAUGUAGCCUAUAGAAGUGAAUUUCGAAAUCGUCGACAAGGUCAUGAUGAAACCGUUUCGGAUUAUGGGUAUCAGCUCCGUAGAUUAGCAAAUUCAGCUUAUCCUACCAGCACUUAUUCAUCACUUGAGGUACAUUUAAUUGAUCAGUUCUUAACUGGCCUGCAUAGCUUUGACAUGAGGAAACAUGUCACCUUUGCACAUCCCCAAACACUUGAAAAUGCUAUUUCAUACGCCAUUGAGUUUGAAGCUGUCGAUGGUAGCAGGAGAAAGAAACCUGAAACUUUAGACAGGGGAGCAGGAAUUAAUCAAACAGUUCAACCAGUUGGUAGUACUGGGAUGGCACUUGAGACAGUUGCUAAGAUGAUAGAUGAUCGUCUGGAAAGUUUCAAAUGUAGCUUACGUAGUGUUACGCCCAAUACCUGCUAUGUCUGCAAUCAACCAGGUCAUUUUCGUGACAGGUGUCCUAACUUAUCAACGCUUGGUUUACGGGAUCAGUCUGUUACUAAUAAACCUGAAUCGGGAAACUACAUGAGGCUGAGAUCGAGGCUGGGAUUUCAGCCAAUGUUGGGCAGAUGGGUAGGCCAUGCGAAGAUGUAGUUCCAGUGAAGUUAUCUUCACCUGAUGUGAAAGACAAACCCAUUUUAACUGUUGAUGUUGGAGUGCAAGUAGAUUUACUAAAGUUGGUAGGGAAUAGUGUAGAUCCCUUGGUGAAGCAAUCUUCACUCCAUGGUGUUGGGUUGGGAGAGAGGUUAUCUUUGUCAGCAUCAGGUGUAGGGAAACCGAUGAAGUCAUCUUCGUCAACACGGACUGGUAUGUCUAGUCCACGGGAGAAAAUUGUUUUGCAUUCUUUGAAGCCUCAGAAAUAUUUGUAUAUAGAACGUUCUGAUAAAAGGGGUUACCUCAAGGCUGUUGUUCCAGUCUCGAUUAUCUCACAAGAUGAUGUCCUUAAACUGGGUUUACAGGAUGAUAAACUGAAGGAAGUUCAUAAAGAUUUCUUUACGGCCAAUGGUACACCUAUAGUUGUUCCAGGUUCUGCUUGUUUUGAGUUUUGUUUUGGAAACGUGCAGUUUCAACAAGAGUUUGUGGUUGCAGAUUAGGGUACUAUUGGUAGUAUUCUUGGCAUGGAUUUCCUGGAGGAUUAUGAUGGUGAGGUAUAUUUGAGACGAAAGACACUGUCUACAUCUAGAGGUAGGCUCAAGUUGUACAAAUUGAACACAAGCAAUUGUGCACGGGUCAGAAUUAUUGAUAAGGUUAUUGUUCCUGAGAAUUCUGAGAAAUUAAUCAAAUGUAUUGUUGACGGUUCAUUUGGUGCUGAUUUGGGUUUGGUUGAGCCAAAAAUUAUAGGAGAUACAAGGGAAUUUUUGUGGCUAUGAGUCUUGUCCAACCUGACAAGGAUGUAGUAGUCAUUUCAGUGCUGAAUAUGAAUAGCAAGAGGGUGACUGUAGAUAGUUCAUCAGUAAUGGGUACAGUUUGCAUGGUAGAACAGAUGGUAGCAUGUGAGGAUGUUGUUACCGCUAAGGCUGAAUGCCAGGGCUUACCAAGUCGCUUGCCGUCACUGGUUGAUCACUGUUCCACUGAUCUUUCAGAAAGCCGAAAACAGUCUGUUUCUGAUUUAGUUGGAGAAUUUCAGGAUGUUUUCGUCGGUGAAGAUGGUUUGUUAGGGCAGAUGGAUGAGAUUACACAUACCAUCAAAUUACCUGCUAGGAGGGUUCCUUUAACUAAGAAACAGUUAGUAGAGGAGGAAAUUGACAAGAUGUUGCAACAGAAUAUUAUAGAGCCUAGUAGUAGUCCUUGGUCUGCUCCUGUUUUUCUAGUAACCAAGAAAGAUGGAUCCUGCAGGUUCUGUAUUGAUUUUAGGAAAUUGAAUGACGUCACUUUACAAGAUGCCUAUUGUCUGCCCCAAAUAGAUGAAACACUUGAAACGUAAGGUGGUUGUCAUUGGUUUAGUACCCUUGACUUAGCUUGUGGAUAUUGGCAAGUCAAAAUGAAUCCGAAAGAUAAGCAUGAAACCGCUUUCGCAACUAAUGUCGGACUCCAUCAGUUCAAUGUCAUGCCGUUUGGUCUCACUAACGCUCCAGCUACUUUCAAGAGAUUGAUGGACAGGGUACUGGGAAAAUUAAAGUGGAAAAAGUGUCUGUGUUACCUGGACGAUGUCAUCCUUUUGGGAUCAUAUUUUCAGUCUGCUUUAACCAAGCUUAGGUUAGUUUUCAUUCAGUUUCAGUUUCAGGCAAAUUUGAAACUCAAACCUAAAAAGUGUAUGCUCUUUCAACCUGAAGUUGCUUUUCUAGGACACAUAGUCUCAGCCAAUGGUCUUAGAUGUAGUCCAGAAAAGGUAGAAGCUGUCAAAAAUUGGCCUAGAACGGAAACCCGGUCAGAUAUUCGCAGUUUCUUAGGUCUUGUAGGUUACUAUAGGCAGUUUGUAAAUAACUUCUCGGAUAUCGCUUCUCUUAUGGUGAAGCUCACUCGAAAGGGUAUACCAUUUCAAUCGACUAAGGAUUGUGAGAAGGCGUUUGAUCAGUUGAAGCAGUGUCUCGUAACUGCUCCAGUACUUGCUUUUCCUCAAGACGAAGGACUUUAUGUGCUUGAUACGGAUGCUAGUGGGUUCGGUAUAGGUGCAGUAUUGUCCAAGGUGCAGGAAGGAGAUGAAAAAGUUCUUUCGUAUGCAAGUCAUACUCUGGGACCGUCACAACGCAACUAUUGCACAACCAAACGUUUGCUUCUGGCAGUGGUAACAUUCCUUAAGCACUUUAGACACUUUCUAUAUGGCAGAAAGUUUGUCCUUUGAUUUGGCUGCAAAACUUCAAGGAUCCAGAAGGAAUAUUAGCCAGGUUGCUUAGUGUUGUAGAAACCUAUGAUUUUGAGAUCUAGUAUAGGCCUGGUAGAAAGCAUCAGAAUGCAGAUGCGAUGUCACGUAGGUCACAGCAAAGGUGUACUUUUGAGAAGUGUCUUGAUUGUGAUUCUCCGGAUUUGGCUUGUAGUCAGCAUGAUAGUCAGUUGGUCUCAUCAAUAGAGCCUAUUGAUGAUCUGCAAGUUGCAGAAAGCCGUGUUCAGUCACCUGAACCUGUCAGUCCGGUAGAAGUAGAGGAGAGGAAUGUUAUUCCUACUGAUUCGGAGGAAAAUGGGAAUUCUACAGAUGACAGCUGGAGUAGGUUGUAGACUAUUCAGUGACUCUGCAGCCCCUGGCAGUGUGGCUAACCGGUUACCAGUGUGGACUCGGGAUGAGUUGCUCGAUUGGCAACUAGCUGACAUUGGCAUAGGUCCACUAUUGAAGUUGUUGUCAGUUGAUUGUGAGCAACCUGAGAAAUCAGAAAUCAUAGGUUGGAGUUCAGAUGCACAGAUGCUAUGGGGACAAUGGCAAGAUCUUAGGCUGGAGAACAGACUGUUGUACCCCAAGGUAGAAUCUGAUAUUUUUGGAUCUCGUUUUACAGUUGGUAGUACCAACAGCUAUAUGUACAUCAAUUUUUGAAUAUUUGCAUACUUCACGUACAGCUGGGCACUUCAGUUGAGAUAAAACUAUGACAUCUAUCAAAACCAGAUUUUAUUGGCCAGGAAUGUCUAAAGACAUUAAAAGAUAGUUGAAAUCUUGUGACUUGUGCGCACGCUGUAAACAAGGUCCAGGACGAGGCAGGUCUCCAUUACAACAGUUUACUGUACGGGUUCCUAUGGAAUGUCUGGCCAUAGAUAUUGUUGGUCCUUUACCUAUAAGUAGAAAUGGCAAUGAGUACAUUAUGGUAGUUGGAGAUUAUUACCCCAAAUGGAAGGAAGCCUUUGCAUUGAGAGAUCAUACAGCAUUAACUGUCGCCGACAAAUUAGUGUCUGAGGUGAUCUGUAGAUUUGGAUGUCCUGAGCUGAUUCACACUGACCAGGUGAGAGAGUUCGAGUCCCAUUUAUUCAGAGAAUUGUGCCAUUUUGUUAGGGAUUGAUAAAACCAGAACUACCCCUUAUAGACCUCAAUCAGACAGGUUAGUUGAACACUUCAAUAGGACCUUAAGGCAGAUGCUGAGCAUUUACUCUGAUCAGGAACUCUCAGAAUGGCACGACCAUCUAUCGUACUUACUCAUGGCGUAUAGAGCCUCCGAACACUGCUCACCCCACCUGCAACUGACUGUGACCGUUGCCCUAUUCAAUAUGUGAAAUGGUUGAGGGAGACCACGCAAGGCAUAUUUCAGUUUGCAAAUGACCAGCAAGGUAGAGCCGCUCAAUUACAGGAGAGAAACUAUGACCACAAGUUGAAGGCAAGAUCAUAUGAAGGAGGCUCCUUUGUUUGGCGAUGGUAUCUGCCUAAGGCCAAUCAAAAGCUAGGGUUAGGAUGGGAUGGGCCCUAUUUGGUAGUAGGCCAUCUGUCCCCUACUACGUAUCGAAUUCAGAGGAGUCAGGAGAAGCCAGUUAUCAGCGUCCAUGUAGAUCAAUUAAAACCUUUUGAGGGUACUCCAUGUCCCAGGAAUUAGUUGAAUCAACCAGAGGAUGACCCCGCUGCUUCGGAGGUCCAAGACCUCACAUUUGCGGAUAUGGAGGGAUCCUAUUCAGAGGGGGCAGUUAGAACACCAGUCGCUGUUAGAACUCGUGCGGGGCGGACGGUAAAACCACGGAUAAGGUUUAGUCCCAGUUAGAUGGGAGGGG